UCAUCAUCGUCAAAAAAGGUCUAGACAAAGCCAACCCAGGACGCUCUUUCUGAGCUUUAGGGCAGGCGAGCUUGCGGGACUCUGGGUAAAGUGUGUGUCUGGGCUUCCUCAAUGAAGUAUUUUCAGCAACAAGUUGUCAGUGAAGUCAGGGACUCGGUGGGUCAGGAUUAGAUACCACCCACCCUCGCCUGUGACCUCCCCCUUCCUCCCUCCUCUCUCUCUCUCUCUCUCCCUCUCCUCUCCGAGGUGACUGACUGUCCCACUGUCACUGCCUCUCAGCUGGGUCCCCGGCCCCUCUGUGCCUGACUGAGCCAGGCGAUCGGCCUGCGAGGCUGCUGACAGGAGUGCACGUCCAGAGGACAUCUCCUUUACAGGAAGUAGAAGAAAGGCAGAAUGUCAGCUGAGACACCAAUCCAACUGAAAAUGAAUCCUCAGGACCUUCAGAUUCAGACACAUACAGUGGAGAAGCUACUAGAACCCCUCAUAAUCCAGGUUACCACACUGGUGAAUUGUCCCCAGAACCUUUCCACUAGGAAAAAGGGACGUUCCAAAAGAGCCCGAGUUCUUCUUGCUUCUGUGGAAGAAGCCACAUGGAAUUUACUCGACAAAGGGGAGAAGAUUGCCAGUGAGGCCAGAGUCUUAAAGGAAGAGCUCACGGCAGCCCUCCAGGAAGUUCAGAAAGAAAGUGAAGCUCUGAGGGUAUCAGCUGAAACAUUUACAGAUGAUCCUUGUUUUCUGCCUAAGAGGGAGGCUGUGGUUCAGGCUGCCCGUGCCUUGUUGGCAGCUGUCACCAGGCUACUUAUCUUGGCCGACAUGAUUGAUGUCAUGUGCCUCUUGCAACAUGUGUCUGCUUUUCAGAAGACAUUCGAGUCCCUAAAAAAUGCAUCCAACAAGUCUGACCUGCAGAAGAACUACCAGAAACUUGGCAAGGAGCUAGAAAAUCUAGAUUAUUUGGCUUGGAAACGCCAGCAGGACUUAAAAUCUCCAGCCCAGAGGGAUGAGAUUGCAGGGGCCCGGGCUUCAUUGAAGGAAAACUCUCCUCUCUUACAUUCGAUUUGUUCGGCGUGCCUGGAGCAUGAUGAUGUGGCCUCUCUCCAAGCCAGCAAGGAUACAGUUUGUAAUGAGAUCCAGAAUGCCCUCGAUAUGAUUUCUAAUGCAUCACAAGGAAUCCAGAGCUCAAAGGCAGAGCCAGAACCUCAGUCAGCCACACUGGGCAGUGCAUUGGAUGAACUUGAGAAUUUAGUAAUCUUGGAUCCACUUACAGUAAGUGAGGAUAAAAUCCGUCCCUCCCUUGAGAAACGCUUAGAGGCCAUCAUCAGUGGGGCAGCAUUGUUGGCUGAUUCUUCAUGUACAAGGGACUUCCACCGGGAAAGGAUCAUCACUGAGUGUAACUCCAUUCGACAGGCUCUCCAGGACUUGCUCUCAGAAUAUAUGGACAAUGCUGGGAAGAAGGAAAGGAGUAAUACCCUGAAUAUUGCAAUAGAUAACAUGUGCAAAAAGACCAGAGACCUGCGAAGACAGCUCCGUAAGGCCAUUAUUGACCAUGUAUCGGACUCUUUCUUGGACACAACAGUCCCACUUCUUGUUCUCAUUGAAGCAGCCAAGAAUGGAAGAGAAAAGGAAAUGAAAGAAUACGCUGCUAUAUUCCGUGAACACACCAACAGGCUUCUGGAGGUGGCUAACCUUGCUUGUUCCCUGUCUGCAAAUGAAGAUGGAAUUAAAAUUGUCAAGACAGCAGCCAGUCACAUGGAAACAUUGUGCCCACAGGUUAUCAAUGCAGCCCUUGCUCUUGCUGCCCGACCAAAAAGCCAGGUGGUCAAAUCCAAUAUGGACAUGUAUAAACGCUUAUGGGAGAAUCACAUCCACGUCCUCACCGAAGCAGUAGAUGACAUUACAAGUAUCGAUGACUUCCUCGCUGUAUCUGAAAGCCAUAUCCUAGAGGAUGUCAACAAGUGCAUCAUUGCUUUAAGAGACCAGGAUAUCGACAAUUUAGACCGUGCUGCUGGUGCAAUCAAAGGACGAGCUGCAAGGGUUGCUCACAUUGUUAUGGGAGAAAUGGACAGUUAUGAGCCUGGGGCUUACACUGAAGGAGUGCUGAGGAAUGUUAGCUACCUUACCAACACUGCAAUCCCAGAGUUUGUCAUCCAUGUCAACAUUGCCUUGGAAGCCCUCAGCACAAAUUCUAUGCACCAGUUUGAUGAUAGCCAAUUUGUGGAUGCCUCCAAAAAGGUCUAUGAUUCUAUCCAUGAUAUCCGCUGUGCCGUCAUGAUGAUCAGGACUCCUGAGGAGCUGGAAGAUAUUUCAGAUCUGGAAGAAGACCAUGAUGUCCGCAGUCAUACAAGCAUUCAGACAGAAGGGAAGACAGAUCGGGCUAAAAUGACUCAACUGCCUGAGGCUGAAAAGGAAAAGAUAGCUGAGCAAGUAGCUGAUUUCAAGAAAGUCAAGAGCAAGCUUGAUGCUGAGAUUGAGAUCUGGGAUGAUACUAGUAAUGACAUCAUUGUCCUGGCCAAGAAGAUGUGCAUGAUUAUGAUGGAGAUGACAGACUUCACCAGGGGCAGAGGCCCAUUGAAACAUACAACUGAUGUGAUUUAUGCAGCCAAAAUGAUAUCAGAAUCAGGCUCAAGGAUGGAUGUCCUUGCACGGCAGAUCGCCAAACAAUGCCCUGACCCAUCCUGCAAACAGGAUUUGUUGGCUUAUCUGGAACAAAUCAAAUUCUAUUCUCACCAACUCAAAAUAUGCAGUCAAGUCAAAGCUGAAAUCCAGAAUUUGGGAGGAGAACUCAUCAUGUCUGCUUUGGACAGUGUCACCUCACUAAUCCAGGCUGCCAAGAACUUAAUGAAUGCUGUUGUCCAUACUGUGAAAAUGUCCUACAUUGCCUCCACAAAAAUCAUCAGGAUUCAAAGUUCUACAGGUCCAAGACACCCUGUUGUCAUGUGGAGAAUGAAGGCUCCUGCAAAAAAGCCCCUAAUUAAGAGAGAGAAGCCAGAGGAAGUCUUUGCAGCAGUAAGAAGAGGCUCAACUAAGAAGCAAAUCCACCCUGUACAAGUCAUGAGUGAAUUCAGAGGAAGACAAGUCUAUUAACCUGACCUUUCAAUCCCAGCUAAUCCAUUUUAUGAUCCCUGCUAAUUUCACAGCCUUUGUUUUCUACUAGACCACUUCUUUACGGGCACUAAUAUUUGAUGUGUAAACAACAAGUAGCAUAGGUCAUGUAAUGAGUUUGCUGUGCCACUCUGAAAAGCAUGGUUUCACACCACACCUCUUAUCUGGAAAGAAGUUGUCAAAGUUGGUUAAAUUCCUCAUCCACACUCCCAAAGACAAUCUUAUAUUCCUCUCUAUCCCCACAAUCAACAACAACAACAAAAAAAUUGGAAGCUCAAUUAUGUCCUAUCUGUCAUCAUGCAUGUCAAUAAUACCCACUUACUUAAAAUGUUGGGAUGUCUUAAUAGAAGCCAUCCUCUUGGUUUUCAAUGGAAAAAUCAAUAUAAGAAUAUUUAGCAAGUGCCUACUGUGCAUCAGAUACAGUAUUAUAUAUCAGGGAUACACAUCAAACAAACAGUUCCAUCAUGAAGCCUUUUGUAAUCUUUUCUUGGUACCCACCAUAGAUUCUUACAUGCAGUAGACACAAUAAAAUGCCUGUCAAUGAAUUGAUAGUAAUUGAUUGUUAAUGAAUUGAUAGUAAUUUAUUAAUAAUCUUUUUAACUUUGUCACCUAUAAUACACUUCCAGACCUGACUUAAGAGUCAUGUUUUGUAGAGGUAUGUACUCACUGAAGGCAAAUUCUACAAGAGUACAGCUUUUAAUGGGCUGUGUCACACAUAGAAAUCUACCAAGAUUCAGCAGCCAAAUACCUGGCUAUUUCAGAAGUUCAGCCUAUGAUAGUUGGAAGUAUUUCACACUUGUAGAUGAAAUGUUUUUAACCUUCCCUCUUUUCUGAUGAAUGUGCUGGUGACAAUUAGCCCAGGCACAGGCUUCUCAAGUGCUGACUUGGAAAGGUCCAUAAAAGCACUUGCUGAAAGGAUGGGGCAUCACCUAUUUAGGGAACCAGGAGAGUACAGUAGGUCAAGAAGGUUCCAAUAGCACAAAGAAAAUGUUCUCAGUGUAAAUUUGAAGUCCUUUUAUCAGUCUAUAGCAAGUGAGAGAAUAGAAGAACUAUUGCCUUGAAAACCUCUGGACAUUUAGAGGAAAAAGCUAAUGUUUUAAAAUAUUCCAUUGAAUCCUGAAGGCAAGUUAAUAGUAAUGGAGCUAGAAUGAUUUUGAUAAUUUUCUUUUAAUAUAUAUCUUUGCAAAAAAAACAGGGGGCCCUGUUCAAGUAUACAGUUGCCAACAACAUUUGAAUACACUGUUCCCCAAAGUGUCCUUCUGACAAUGCUCCUGGAUUUCAAAUAGGCCAUUUUAUAGUUUAACCUCAGUAUUCUCUUUGCUCAAUCUUCAGUGUUUAUUCAAAGGCUAUGGCUAUGUGGUACAUGGAAAAGAAUACAGAAGCCAGUGGAGACAUGGAUUCAAAUCCCAUCUCUGGCACCUCCCAAUAACCUAUAAUAGCCUUAAUUUCUUUAUAUGUAAACUGGGGGCAAUAAUAGGUAUAAUGCUUUCAAGCCAUAUUUGCCUUGGAGAUCAUAUGAGAUAAUUCAGGUAAAGGAUUUUGCAAACAUUAAAAGUACUAUCAAAGCUUAUGUUGUGCUGGGGAUGGGUGCUGAACUCAGAAGAGACCUGAUUUGAAAUCCUAUCUCUGACAUUUUCUGGUUGUGCAACUAUAAACAAAAUAAUAAAUCUCUUCCAGCCUUAAUUUCCUUAUAUAUGAAAUUGGGCUAAUAGUAAUGCCUGUAAUAACUAUCAUCCUGGGUUAUUGUGAGAAACAUUUGAUAAAAUGCAUGUGAAGUGUUUUGCAAAUAUUAAAGGCUUAAAUAAAUCUUAACUAUUAUUAGUACUAUUGCUACUACUACCUUUCUUAAGUUUGCUGACUAUUCCUUAUCAUUUUCAAUCAAAAAAGUUUCAACCCAACAUCCUCCUUUUUAAAUCUCUCAUAUUUUUAAAUCUCCCUCUUUCUAGCUUCUCUUUAAAAUACUAUAUAUCAUUCUUAAUUGUUUUAGACUUGAAUUUGUGCUUUAUUUGAAUUUCAAGGCAAUGGAGACAAAAUGAAGACCACAUCUUUCCAAUUGUCUUCUGACUUUCAAAGAUCAUUUUGUUCCAAUUUGCUUCGUGAAGAAAACAAAACAAACAAAAAGACACACUUAAAAUUUCUGUUGUUAAGUGGAAAGAGUUGUAACCAGUGUUAGAAGAUGCUAGUUCAAAAUCCUGGCAUUUUAAUCCCUUGGAACUUUGGGCAAAAUUUAUCUUUCUGUCAUAUUCUUGUCCACAGAAUGAGGGAGUGCAACUAGAUAACAUCUAAGAUCUUUGCAGCUCAAAAUCUAUGAUUUGGUGUGACUAGAAAGGGUUUAUGUUGGAAUUGAUGCAAAUGUUUUUGUGUCAGGAAGUCUAGGGUUCAAGAAUCAACUCUGCUACAUUGUAUUAUAACUUUGUGAUUCUUGGCAAGUCACUAAACCACUCAGAAUUCUAAAGAACUCUUCAAGACUCUGAAUUAGAAAGAAAAUCCACUUUGGUAGAGAGUUUACUCUUCCUGACAUUUGCUGUAUCAAUAUGAUAACAGGUACGAUAUCUCUAUGUCUCUGUGUGCUUGUCUCUCUCUCCCUCUCUCUCUCUCAUAUGUGCAAUAAAUAUAUAUAUAUAUAUAUACAUACUAUUGCUCAUUCAUAUUUGUACAUUAUAUAUGUAUAGAUAUGCAUGCAUGAAUGAGCAAUAAUGAUUUCCCUCCAGAAUAUUACAAAAAUCAAAACAAAUUCUUUGCCAGGAAAGGUGUUUGGUAAAUAGGCAAAAUAUGCUAAUAGUGCAUGAUUUUAAUGAGGAACUUCUCAUUCUGAAAAAUAUAAAUCCAUUUGACAGCACUACAUUAUUUGAGUUUCCAUGCACAAACCUCCCCUAAAAUGUAAUAAAAAAUCACCACUUGUAUUAUAUGAUAUAUACAUAUAUCAUAUAUAUAUAAAACAAAUAUAUCAUUAUAUAUAUAAUAUAAUAUAUUAAUUUCUCAGGCUCUAAACUCUAUCCAUAAUACUGUGUCCUAAAUAUCUAGGACAGAUCCAUUCUCCACAAUUAUAGAACAACAAUAAUUCAGAUGCAGUUGGGAUAUCUUUGGUUAAAUUACAUAGAUAAAUGUAUCCAAAAUUUCCCAUUCUGUGUCUAAGAUUCUUUUUUUUUUUAAGGGAAUUACAGAAUCCUCGAGUAGGAAGAGAUCUCAAAAGUUAGUCUAACAAACAUUCAUUUAACUGAUUAAAAAUCCAUUUUGCAAUGAACCUCACAUGUUAUCACCUGCCUCUUUAUUAGAAAAUGUGUUUAUGAGAGACUAAACUAGAAAGUCUUCAUCUUCUUUUCAAAAGAAGAUAUAUUAGGUUCUUGAUAUGCAAAUCAGAAAUAAAUAGAAACUUAUUUCUCGGGUAAAUUAUUUUGAUUAAAAUAUCCUUAUUACAGGUUAGCAGUAUAGAAUCUUACAUUGAGAGGGACCUAAGAAGUAUACUAAAAUCUAUGUGUAUUUACUGAUUGUUCUACCUUGUGAAAAUCUAUUCUCCCUGAGUUAUUUAUUUUCCAUUCAUAGAGGAGAGUUAGACCGAAAAGUUUUUGAAGUGUUUUAUCUCUGAAUCUGAAAUAUGCUUUUUGAUAAAGCUCUCCCAAAACAAAUAGCAACCACAUUAAGAUACAAUAUCAAACUACAAUAGAAAUAUUGUUAAACUUUUGUUUAAGAAGAACAGAGUAUUAACUACAGUUAAAUAAUGGUUAUUCAAAUCUAAAACAGGGAAACCUCAUUACUGAUUUAUUAUUUAGAAAUUCAAAUUCCUUAGACUUCAUACUUUUUUCAGAUAUGAAUUCAGGAACACAAUGUUAUCUCUGCUUCAAAAAUAUGGAAAAUCUGAGUUUAAAGUACUACCAAAUAAUCAAUUUGACAAUAAAAAAUCUUUUGCCAGAUAGAUGUAAUUGUGUGUGGGAAGAAGACAAUGAUAAAAUUGAGAGAAAGAGAAAUAGCAUCUCAAAGACAUUUUUGUACUUACUCCAAGAAAAAAAUAAAUUGACAUUUAAUUCAUAGAAGAUUCUGGAAAUAAUAAUAAUAUCCCUAUUUUGAUAGACUGUGAACUAAAGAAUACAGUGGGAAGAGCUUGAACUAAGAUGUCAGAAGGCCUGGGCUAUAUUUUUGUAUUUGGCAAAUCACUUACCAUCCCUGAACCUCAGUUUCCUCAGCUAUAAAAUUUAGAGACAUUGAAGAUUAUCUCCUUUCUAGCUUUAAUGGCCCUAUGUUAGAUGGUAAAGUUUCAUUAUCCCAAAUCAUUGCUACUUAUACAAGCAGUAGGUUCUCAAAUCAUUGUUAUACAUUGUGAACAAUAAAAGAAUGAACAAAGCCAUUAAACACUUAAGAGAUGUUCUGCUAUCUGUAGGGAGAGAGAAGGGGGGGUGGGGAGGGAGAGAAAGGAAGGGAGGGAGAGAGGAAGGGAGAGGGAGAAAGAGCUGGCAGAUAGAUGUUUCAAUAAAGUUGGAGUUGACCAUCACUAUUACACUAUGACUCAUUCCAGAUUUCUCAUCAGCUUCUGGAGCUUCCCAUUCCUCCAUAGUAUACAAAUCUAUUCUCUCUCCAUUUAAUAUCUACCAAUAUUCUUGACCUAUCCUAUACUUUCUCCCCAUUCUGCUUCCAUUUCCAGUUUCUCUCAAUCAUAUAUUAUUUUGAUACGCAUUAAUUAAUGUUUCACUGUCCAUUUUUCUAAUCUAUUUUAACAAAAUCUGUCUACUUCUCUAUUAAAAUUUCAUUCUCACUUCAUCUUGUCAGUGAUACCUAUAUAUGAUGAAAUUUACUCCCCUAGAAUAAGAUAUUUAAAGCAUAAGGUUGCUCCAAAGAUUACAUGUUAAUAGAUAAAAAGUUGAUUGAAUACCUUAAAGUACAAUAUUGGUUAAUUGCAUAGAGGUUUGACCAAAUCGAGCUCUAACAACAACAACAACAACAACAACAACAAACAAAGUGGUCACUAUGAAACAUUUUUCCUGUAAGCACAACAAAGAAAAUCAAAAGAAAAAGUUUGUGGCACAGGUAGGAGGGGAGUCAGAGGACAAGGCUAGGAGUGAGAAAGCAUUCCAGCCACACGGUCAGCAACAUUAUUCAUGCAUCAUGGAGGUGGCAGCUGUAGCUGCAACAAAAUUAAUACUGAUAGCUCUCACCACCCAGAUAUGUUAAAGGAACCGGACACCUGAUCAUAAAGUAUUUGUAUACAUGUAUAUGUAUCUGUAUCCACAAACAGAAACAUAUAUGAACAAUAUAUAACUUCAUUAUAUAUAAAAUGCAUAACAUCACUAA